AUGGCGGGAAAGCCCAAGCUGCACUACUUCAAUGGACGAGGCCGUAUGGAGCCCAUCCGCUGGCUCCUGGCUGCAGCUGGAGUCGAGUUUGAAGAGAAGUUUUUGGAAACUCCGGAAGACUUGGAAAAGUUAAGGAACGAUGGGUAUCUGCUGUUCCAGCAAGUGCCAAUGGUCGAAAUCGAUGGGAUGAAGCUGGUGCAGACCAGAACCAUCCUCAACUACAUUGCCGCCAAACACAACCUCCAUGGGAAAGACAUGAAGGAGAGAGCCCUGGUUGAUAUGUAUUCAGAAGGUGUAGCAGAUUUGUAUGAAAUGAUCUUGCUUCUUCCACUGUGCCCACCUGAUCAAAAGGGUGCCAAGAUGACCCAGAUCAAAGAGAAAACAACAAACCGUUAUUUCCCUGCCUUUGAAAAAGUGCUCAAGAGCCAUGGACAAGACUACCUGGUAGGCAACAGGGUGAGCAAGGCUGACAUUCACCUGGUUGAACUGAUCUACACUGUUGAAGAGAUUGACCCCAGCCUUCUGGCCAACUUCCCUCUGCUGAAGGCCCUGAAAACCAGGAUCAGCAACCUCCCUACGGUGAAGAAGUUUCUGCAGCCUGGCAGUCAGAGGAAGCCUCCCCUAGAUGAGAAAGCAUUGGAACAGGCCAGGAAGAUUUUCAAGAUUUAAAUAAAGCAGACGUGGACACCCGGCAUGCGCAGGAUCAAUCUUCUGAAAAUUUCAACAGUGAAGUGCUCUACUGAAAUUUAAACCUUGGCUGUCACGAGAAUAAUAAGGUUUUUCCAAGUAAUUAAAUAAUAAAUGCCUAUGAGCAGAUUUAGUUACAA